AUGGCCCAAACAGGGAUCAGUCACAGUCAUAAAGGAUCUUCUACUGGACAUCAAAACACCGGAACUGAACUUGUUUCACCUACUGGUAAUGUUGGUGUCAAUGUAAGAUGGACAUUUGAAGUUGGAAAUAUCACAAGAAUUCAUAUGGCUAUCUAUAAAAUGCAGCCAGCUCAAUGGGCUGCUAUUGGUCUUAAUCUUAAUCGAUCGAUGGGCCCAGCUCAUGUGUUUGUUUGUCGACGACUCGUUAAUGAUACUGUUGAUGUCAACAGAUAUAUGAAUCCUGGCAAGCAUCAACAUCCUGUUCCAGCUGGAAUAGCACAAGGUGGUGUAUUCACAGUAGAAAAAGCAACAUUUGACGCAGGUGUAGUUAUUUGUCAAUUUACAUUAUCAAAUUUUACUACUACGCAAAUGACAAAGACGAACGACGUCCCGGUACUUUCACAAUCGAUACCCUAUCAUCCAUUAGUUGCUGUUGGAGCACUCAAUGCUACUAAUAGUAUGAAAGAACAUGGUUCUGAUUCUUUCAAAGCUCUUCCUCAACUUGUGCAACUCAAUCGUACGGAAGUUAUUACAUAUCACCUAGAAUCAUCAAAAGUUCAUGGCAAAAGUAAAUUUCGAAAAGCUCUUGGUGGUGUAGUGGUUAUGUGA